AUGUCUGAUCACACGGGUCGGCCCACCGGAGAUGGCCUGGUCCUCGAGGCAUGGGGCCAAGGCUUGAUGAUCGGCAGUCUGAUCAUCAUGGCGGCUAUAACGCUGGCCAAUAUGAAAAAACACAUCCUCCUUCACAAGCUCAUUCUCGCCGAGUUAAUUCUUGCCAUGGGACAUGGUACCUUUAUAUUCCUUCACGAGCCCGAAUAUGGUUGGUACCUCUCGGUCACCGCCGUCGGGUUGAAUAUUUCGUGGGCUCUCCACAAUGUCAUUGCCUGGAUGAAGAACCGGCCUUUUCUUUCCCGGCGAGUUUCUAUGAUCUAUAUCGUCACUGUCAUUCUUUCUUGGCCCUACUGGAUUGUCGAGAUUUAUGCCAACUUUACCUUCUUUAACAACAUCAAUAAUCUCUUUCACACAACUCGGCCCCUCGAGCCAAUCUUCAGAGACCCAUGGUGGGUGUUCACCACCAUUUCCCUCUUCUACACGAUCAAACGUGAAUAUGGAUUUGGCCUCUGGGAACUAGUCUUGAUCAGCCCUCGAUUCGGUAUCAUGCUUGCGUCUAUGUGUCUCUCCAUCGCUUUCAUUGUGGUCGACACGUGUAGCGUGCUCGAAGUCUUUAGUAACUCACUCCCAAAGGGUAUCGAGCCCUUUUGGAAGCUAUCCUUCAUCUUCAAGUGUCUUUGUGACACCGUCAUUCUAGAUGACUUCAAGACAGCCCUGGAUCGACUCCGGGCCUACUGGCUCCGAAAACAGGCCAGUGGUCACGUUCUCCUGGCGAGUCCCCAGGCGGCUCGCUCCGCACGUCGUCACGCCGAAGAGAUUGAAGACAUCGAGUCUGCGUCUGGCGACAUGAGCUCCCACCAUGCGAUGAGGGGGAACCCCAAAUCCUUUUCGAUUCCCCGGGUGGUAUUGCGGGAUGAUGUUCGAUGA